AACGCGCCUGGAAAGAGCGGACGGAUGCGAGAGAGCCGGGAGACCAGUCGUCCUUGUUGGAAGAGGAGGGGUGGGUGUCGAUGCUGUGGCCAUUCUACAGAGAGAAGCAUUUGAAUUCGAGAAAAGAAGAGGCGAUCGCUAGCGACAGAGACGAGUCGUGCAGAAACAAGGGUGGAGAAGCAUUAAAUGCAGAGAAUGACAAGACGGCCCAAUUGUGCGUCGAUUACAAGGCAUUGGCUCAAAAGAAUGAUAGAAAUGCCGACGAUAUAGGCGCGGCUGAGGAGAAGUUACAAGAGAUGGAGCUGGUAAUCACCUGCUUGAGUCGGAUGAAGGAGCAAUGUCUUGACUGGCCGAUCCGCACCGACUUGAGAGACAGCGUUGCAAGGUCAGCCGAAGAUCUAUUGAAGCUUCUGAAAAAUGCCAAAUCUCACGGAGAGGGAGCAGUGGAAGACCGAUCAACGAAGGGCGUUGACAAGACCACAGAAGACGAGAAAAAACAUGGCUGGGUAAGAAAGACGCAAUCUGACGAAAACUAUCCGAAGAAAGAUUCGAUUCUAUUCAAAAAGCGAGUCGAUGACCCCAAGUGCUGUCACGACUUUUACAAAGGGUGUAAGUGGAGUGCCUACGCGAUGAGUCUGGCAGUCUGCACAGAGGGGAACCACUUGCAGGUGUAUAGAGCGGGCGAUUUCUGCAAGGUGUCAAAAUUUUUGCCGGGGGAGGUGAUCUACGACUGGACGUGGUAUCCAUCGCAGUGCGCCGAGUCGGACGCAGCGUUUCCAAUGAUCGUGACCACGUGCCAAGACCUCCCGAUUCAGCUUUGGGACGUGGUUAGAGAAAAAGUGCAUGCGAGUUACCAGGCGCACAAUCACUUAGACGAAUUGGUGGCCGCAUCGUCGGUGUGUAUCAAUGGAGCGGGAUCCAAGAUCAUAUCAGGAUACAAAGACAUGAUAAGGAUAUUCGACGUCAACCGGCCGGGAAGGAGCUGUGAAACUCGUUUGACAAAAUUAAAAAACAGUUGUACCCAAAAUGAAACAGUUUUGUCAGUGCCAGGAAACAUAUCGACCAUAUCUGCAAAUGCGGGCUCGAAUUCACGUUUUGUGUGCGGCUCAUCCAAAGGGAAGAUAGGUGUGUAUGAAGAAGUCCAGACGAGGCCGUGCCUAGUCCUUCAGGGACCCACAAAUGGAAUUACGCUUGUCAAAUUUUCUCCUGACGGCACAUGUGUGUUCUCGGGGUCCAGGAAGGACCCGAGGAUUUUAGGGUGGGACUUGAGGAACCCGCGCGAGCCGCUAUUCCAGGUCGAGCGACGAGUUGAAGACAAUCAAAAAAUUCAGUUUGAUAUCGAUUUUUCGGGCAGCUUUUUGGCGAGUGGCUCUCAAGACGGAGUUGUGAGAAUUUGGGAUUUGAAAAAGACAAACGGCGCGGAGCCGACAUUGAUACCAUCCGACAUGCCCGUGUCGCCUGAGCCGAUCAACGAUGUCGCUUUUCACACAAAAGACUCAAAUAUAUGGGCAUACACGUCUGGAACUCGGAAGACGUGUUUUUGCAAAAGCCAAUUUGUACACGGAGAGAGCUGGAAGUCCGACUUGUCCGACAGUUCGGAGAGCACUUCUUCGCCCCUCGACGGGAGGGGGCAGCUCCCAGAUGCGGCUCGCCCCUAUCACUUGGUCGUAGGAAGGUGUUGGAAGCAAUAG